CCAACUACUCCGUCAGAUGAGUCGGCUCUCUUCUGCAGUUCUUCAUUCAGAUUAAGGUCCAGUUCUGAAGACAGGAAAUAAAGUUUCAACUUUUUUCUUCAGCUAUUUUGACAUUUCUUCAAUUACUUGAAGAAUUGUUUCUUUGGUAUUGAAUUUCAAUGGGGAGAGGAGGGGAAGACUACGGGAAGAGAGAAAAUGUCAGUGCUGCUUCUUCGAAGGCUGAAAAUUUUCCUGCUUGGGCAAGGGACGUAAAACAAUGCGAAGAGAAGUUCCAAACAAACCAAGAAUUAGGUUUAUCAACUGCUGAAGUUGAAAAAAGGAGGGAGAUUUACGGAUGGAAUGAGUUGGAGAAGCAUGAGGGCACAUCAAUAUUUCAACUAAUUUUGGAGCAAUUUAAUGACACUUUAGUUAGGAUAUUAUUGCUUGCUGCCAUUAUAUCGUUUAUUUUAGCUUGGUAUGAUGGCGAUGAAGGAGGGGAGAUGGAGAUAACAGCUUUUGUGGAGCCAAUUGUUAUAUUCUUGAUCUUGAUAGUGAAUGCCAUUGUUGGAAUAUGGCAAGAAAGCAAUGCAGAAAAAGCCUUGGAGGCUCUGAAGGAAAUUCAAUCGGAGCAGGCAAAUGUAGUUCGAGAUGGUAAGAAGAUCUCAAAUUUGCCUGCAAAGGAGCUUGUCCCGGGUGAUAUUGUGGAGUUGAGAGUUGGUGAUAAGGUCCCUGCCGAUAUGCGGGUUUUGAAUUUGGUAAGCUCAACUGUAAGAGUUGAACAGGGGUCAUUGACUGGAGAAAGUGAAGCUGUGAGCAAGACCGUGAAGGUUGUUCCUGAGAAUUCAGAUAUUCAAGGGAAGAAAUGUAUGGUUUUUGCUGGAACAACUGUGGUCAAUGGAAACUGUAUUUGCUUAGUCACCCAUAUAGGCAUGACUACAGAGAUUGGGAAGGUGCAUUCACAGAUUCAUGAAGCAUCACUUAGUGAGGAAGAUACCCCAUUAAAGAAGAAGUUGAAUGAGUUUGGAGAGGUUCUGACAAUGAUAAUCGGAGUGAUUUGUGCACUAGUUUGGCUUAUUAACGUGAAGUAUUUUCUUUCCUGGGAAUAUGUUGAUGGUUGGCCAACAAACUUCAAGUUCUCAUUUGAGAAGUGCACAUAUUACUUUGAAAUUGCUGUUGCAUUGGCUGUUGCUGCAAUUCCAGAAGGUUUACCAGCAGUUAUUACAACAUGUCUGGCACUGGGAACCCGAAAGAUGGCUCAAAAGAACGCACUUGUCCGUAAGCUGCCUAGUGUUGAGACUCUGGGUUGCACAACUGUUAUCUGUUCUGAUAAGACAGGGACUUUGACUACCAAUCAGAUGGCUGUUUCAAAGCUUAUUGCUAUAGGUUCAAGGCCUGGUACGCUGCGAGCGUUUGAUGUGGAAGGGACUACAUAUAAUCCUUUUGAUGGGAAAAUUCGAGGCUGGUCAGUUGGUGAAAUGGAUGUCAAUCUUCAAAUGAUUGCAAAGAUUUCUGCUGUCUGCAAUGAUGCUGGUAUUGAACAAUCUGGGAAUCAUUAUGUUGCCACCGGAAUGCCUACAGAGGCUGCACUAAAGGUUCUGGUUGAGAAAAUGGGAUUACCUGAGGAUGGCUCGUCUUUGGGUCAUGAGGACCAUCAACGCUGUUGUCAACUGUGGAACAAAAUGGAGCAAAGGAUUGCAACUCUUGAGUUUGACCGUGAUCGGAAGUCCAUGGGAGUUAUUGUGAAUUCCAGUGGAGGUCGAAAGGCAUUGCUAGUAAAGGGUGCUGUUGAGAAUUUAUUGGACAGGAGCUCUUUUAUGCAGUUACGCGAUGGCUCUAUUAUAGAACUAGACCAAUAUUCGAAGGAUCUUAUUUUGGAGAGUCUUCGGGAAAUGUCAACAGAUGCAUUGCGUUGCCUUGGUUUCGCAUAUAAGGAAGAGCUUUUUGAGUUUGCAACAUAUAAUGGUGAUGAAGAUCAUCCAGCUCAUCAGCUUUUGCUUAAUCCAUCCAAUUAUUCCUUAAUCGAGAGCAAACUUAUUUUUGUUGGUUUAGUUGGGCUAAGGGAUCCUCCUCGGAAAGAGGUUCGUCAAGCAAUUGAAGACUGCAAAGCAGCUGGGAUUCGUGUUAUGGUCAUUACAGGAGACAACAAGAACACGGCAGAAGCUAUUUGUCGUGAAAUUGGCGUAUUUGGACCUUCUGAAGAUAUCAGUUCAAGAAGCUUAACCGGAAAGGACUUUAUGGAUCAUCCUUAUCAGAAAAAUCAUCUGAGGCAGGGUGGAGGUCUUUUAUUUUCUCGAGCUGAGCCAAGGCACAAACAAGAAAUAGUGAGGUUGCUGAAGGAGGAUGGUGAAGUGGUUGCAAUGACUGGGGAUGGAGUUAAUGAUGCUCCUGCCUUGAAGUUGGCUGAUAUUGGAGUGGCAAUGGGCAUUGCUGGGACUGAGGUUGCAAAGGAAGCCUCUGACAUGGUGUUAGCAGAUGAUAACUUCAACACUAUAGUUGCUGCAGUUGGUGAGGGCAGAUCCAUUUACAAUAAUAUGAAGGCUUUUAUAAGGUACAUGAUAUCCUCCAACAUCGGUGAGGUUGCUUCUAUAUUUAUGACUGCUGCAUUGGGGAUUCCGGAAGGCAUGAUCCCUGUUCAGCUUCUGUGGGUUAAUCUUGUUACUGAUGGACCUCCAGCAACUGCUUUAGGGUUCAAUCCCCCUGACAAAGAUAUAAUGAAGAAGCCUCCCAGACGAAGCGAUGACUCACUAAUCUCGGCUUGGAUCUUAUUCCGCUACCUGGUGAUCGGACUCUAUGUCGGGUUAGCCACAGUCGGGGUCUUCAUCAUAUGGUACACCCACCACAGUUUCCUGGGUAUUGAUUUAAGUGGAGAUGGCCAUAGUCUUGUUACCUACUCCCAACUUGCCAACUGGGAUAAAUGCAAUUCUUGGGAAGGAUUCUCGGUGUCGCCAUUCACAGCAGGUUCCCAAGUGUUUAAAUUUGAUUUAGACCCAUGUGAUUACUUUCAAUCUGGGAAAAUCAAAGCCUCAACACUUUCCCUCUCCGUCUUGGUAGCCAUUGAAAUGUUCAAUUCCCUUAACGCUCUAUCAGAAGAUGGAAGCCUGUUGACAAUGCCUCCUUGGGUCAAUCCAUGGCUCCUUUUAGCCAUGUCCAUCUCAUUUGGUCUUCACUUCUUGAUUCUGUACGUGCCUUUCCUUGCACGAGUAUUUGGAAUUGUUCCCCUCAGCACCAAUGAAUGGCUGCUCGUAAUUGCUGUCACUUUACCCGUAAUUGUAAUCGAUGAGCUUCUCAAAUUCAUCGGAAGGUGUACAACUGGGUUGCGCUACCGUGCUGUAUCAAGACCGUCUAAGCAGAAAGCCGACUAAUUAUCAUCAUUAUACAAAAAAAUUGUAAUAACAUUUUAAGGGAUCAACAUAGAUUCUUGAAGUUGCUUUGUUUGAACUUCACUAAAUUUUCCAUA